GUGAGGGGCAGCAUCAGCCAGGGGCUCGAGGGGACACCGGCCCCUCACAGAGGUCAGGCAGGCAGGCUCUGCGUCCCCCACCGGAGAGAAGGCAGCCCCUCUGUCAGGUGGCCUGCCGGCCCUGGAUCACCCUCUGCCCCGCGGGGGCUCUGCUUCCCUCCCAGGCCUCGCCUGCUCUCGCCGCUGUCUCGCUCUCCUGCCCCCAGAGCCCACGCCCGCUGGGCUGACCGGGAGGAUGGGCGCCUGUGGGAGGAAGGCCCUGACCCUGCUGAGCAGCGUCUUCGCCGUGUGCGGCCUGGGCCUGCUGGGCAUCGCCGUCAGCACGGACUACUGGCUGUACCUGGAGGAGGGCGUGGUCCUGGCCCAGAACCAGAGCACCGAGGCCAGGAUGUCGCUGCACUCAGGCCUGUGGAGGGUCUGCUUCCUGGCAGGUGAGGAGCAGGGGCGUUGCUUCACCAUCGAGUACGUGAUGCCCGCGAGCACCCAGCUCACCUCGGAGUCCACGGUCAGCGUACUAAAAAUGAUUCGCUCGGCCACCCCGUUCCCCCUGGUCAGCCUCUUCUUCAUGUUCAUCGGCUUCAUCCUGAGCAACAUUGGGCACGUCCGUCCCCACAGGACGAUCCUGGCCUUCGUCUCAGGCAUCUUCUUCAUCCUCUCGGGCCUCUCCCUCGUGGUGGGCCUGGUGCUCUACAUCUCCAGCAUCAACGACGAGAUGCUCAACAGGACCAGGGACGCGGAGACCUACUUCAGCUACAAGUACGGCUGGUCCUUCGCCUUCGCAGCCAUCUCCUUCCUGCUAACGGAGAGCGCCGGGGUGAUGUCCGUGUACCUGUUCAUGAAGAGGUACACAGCCGAGGACCUCUACCGGCCUCACCCCGGCUUCUACCGCCCGCGUCUGAGCAACUGCUCAGAUUACUCGGGCCAGUUCCUGCACCCGGACGCCUGGGCCCGGGGCCGCAGCCCCUCCGACCUCUCCAGCGACGCCUCCCUGCAGAUGAACAGCAGCUACCCGGCGCUGCUCAAGUGCCCGGACUACGACCAGCUGUCCACCUCCCCGUGCUGAGCCGCAGCCUCCCCUGGACCGCGGCCCGGACAGCCUUCCCUGUCCCCGCUGGCCUGUGAGCCCCAGCGCCCCCACACCCAGCUGCUGUCGCCCGACCGGUCCCCUCCCCACUCCCCCCACUAGCUCCUAAGCAGGUCGAGUGUCAGGAGCAGGAGAGAGGGCUGACUGGUGGGGAGGGGGGCGGGUAGCCAAUCGCUCAGGCCUCUGCUCCCAGGGGAGAGGUGGGCACCACUGGGUCUUCACCCCUCCCACCUGACAUCUCGGCCAAGACCAAGGCCAGUGCUGGGAUGCCAGGUUCUUUCCAGAGGCCCAGUUCGUCUCAUGAGCUUGCUGCCUGGCCUGGCCUUCCCUCAUGAUCUGGCCUGUGGGUCAAGAGGUGACCGAUUCGGAGGUCCGGCUGGUUCAGAGCUGUCUAGCCGAGUCCUUGAAAAAUCCUUUAUCCCUGGUGGUCACCUACAUUCCACUAGGCCACACCUGUCUGCUCACUCCAGCUCCUGGAACCCCACAGCCUGGGGGCUCUUUCCUCUUCUCUCACCAGAACUCAGCUGCCCCAAACGCUCCCAGAGGGGUUAAGGGGGUCUGGACCACUCGGAUGAGGUCACAAAGAGACAUUAACGGCUGGUGAUGUCUUGGUGUGUAUGGCCCCUCAGCAACGUGUUUAACGGGGGCCUUCAAUGCCUUAACCCAGAGAAGCCACUCGACUAUGGGAAUUUCAGGAUGGGCCUGGUUCACGUUAAUAUUGCCAAGCACUGUAUCAGGCCCAGGGGUACUGUCCUCGCUCACAGAGGCGACAUUUCUGGUCUAAUCAUGUAGACAGACGUCUGUCCCAGCAAAGCAGAAGGUGGCUUUCAAGAGGCUGCCUGGGGCUUGGAGCUGGGUUGCCGACACUGGAGUCUAAAGAAGCUGGACUCACAGUAGUCCUUCUGAGGGCCCUGUCAAUGCCGGAGGGCCGGUUUAACGCUCAUACACGGCAGCUUCUGCCUGCUGGGAACGGGCUGGGAAUGGGCGUGGGUCAGCAGAUAGAAGCUGAAGAGGAUGCCCCUUUCCCCGAUGGAAUCCGGAGUGGGGAGGCGCUGGCCCCUUCUGUGAGGUCCACAGAUGGACAUGGGAAAGGUGCCUGCGGGACGGAACCUUGGAUUGCCACGUGUCUUCUCGGUGUGGCCACCGCUGGAUUUGAGGUUUGGGCUCUCUACCAUGUGUUUCUGUCACUCCAGCUGUUCUCCAUGCUCUCUCUAAGACAGCAUUCGGUUCUUGGUGCAAGACGCCACCACGGGCAACGUGUGGGCUCCAGGAAGAAAUGCAGAAAGCUGCACGUCCAGCCUGGGUGGCCUUGGGAAGGGCCACGCGUCUGCUCGCUGGGCAGCCACGGGCUGGGUGGCUUGAGCAGCAGACAUUGGUUUUCUCACGGUUCUGGAGGCCAGGAGCCCGAGGUCUAGGUGCCAGCAGGUGUGAUUUCUUUCGCGGCCACUUCCCGAAGCUUGCCGAUGGCCAUCUUCUCGAUGUAGCCUCAGGCGGUGCUUUUCCUGCACGCCUGUGUGUCCCCUGGCGUCCAAGCCCCCCUUAGGAGGACACCUGUCAGACUGGAUGAGAGCCCACCCUAAUGGCUCAUUUUCACUUAAACCAGCUGGUUAAAGGCAUCGUCUCCAAAUGCGGCCAUCUUCUGAGUCCCGGAGGCAAAGGCCUGAACACGGGAGUAUGGGGCCAGGAGCAGGAAAGGGGUUGAGGAGCAGGCAGGGGGGACGUUGGGAGGCGGCAGCGGGGGCGGGGGGUGAGGGGUGGGGCAGCAAGGAGCGGGGGCACCGCUCAGCCCGUCACAGGGAGGCUGGACCGCCCUGUUGUGUCAGGGGUACGAGAGCGGAACCGGGGCCGCGGUCCCCGUCCUGCCACCCUCCUGGGGGCCCUGGGAAACCCCCUUCUGCUCCGAGGGGCCUGGCCUAAGCUGUUUCCCACCCCGACCCCAGCUCUUAAGGGUCCAGCCUUGGCCGGCGGCCCCUGUGUGGACCGCUCAGCCUCCUGGGCGCACCAACACAGCCGUAAAGCCCCUUCCACCCCGUCGGCCGGCCACAACUCAUAACCUCCGUUACUGUUCCCAGUUUACCCGGAAACCAGGUGCUGCCCGCCGUAGAGGGCUCGGUCAGCACGCUUGCAGACUGUCGGUGGCGUUUCCAAGCUGACGGCGCUUAGACGCAUGGACUCCAGCCUUCUCCAGCGUGCUGAGCGCCUUGGCCAUGCCUUCUCGCCCUAAAGUACUCCUCAGUCGCCAUGCCGGGCUUGCUUUUGUGCACAUGCGAAAAGCAGAAGCCCGCUGCUGAGUGUGCACUGCUGGCUGCUCGUUCGGACGGGCCUCUUGGCCUGGCUGCUGCGCUGCUCCGGCAGGCCGCUCUCACCCGGCCGUGCAAUUUCUGUGGCUCUUCAGCACGGGUUCUGGAUCCUUGCCUCCCUCUCCUGCAGGCUGGGUGAAACUUUCUUUUCUGUCUAUAAAUUAAUCUCAGAACUGCGACCCUUGCAUCCCCUCCAGACUCAAAGGAUUUUCGUCAAACACGAAAGUGCGUAUAAACUCAGCUCAGAAACCGUAAAUGACGGGCCCUUCCCCA